AUGAGUGCUCCCCGGUGUGGGUCUGCGCUGGAAAACCCUUUCAGACACAGUAUCCAUGUCAUAGGUCAUCACAGUAUCCAUGUCAUAGGUCAUCACACUAUCCAUGUCCUAGGUCAUCACAGUAUCCAUGUCAUAGGUCAUCACAGUAUCCAUGUCAUAGGUCAUCACAGUAUCCAUGUCAUAGGUCAUCACAGUAUCCAUGUCAUAGGUCAUCACAGUAUCCUUUUCAUAGGUUAUCACAGUAUCCAUGUCAUAGGUCAUCACAGUAUCCAUGUCAUAGGUCAUCACAGUAUCCCUGUCAUAGGUCAUCACAGUAUCCAUGUCAUAGGUCAUCACAGUAUCCCUGUCAUAGGUCAUCACAGUAUCCAUGUCAUAGGUCAUCACAGUAUCCAUGUCAUAGGUCAUCACAGUAUCCAUGUCAUAGGUCAUCACAGUAUCCAUGUCAUAAGUCAUCACAGUAUCCAUGUCAUAGGUCAUCACAGUAUCCCUGUCAUAGGUCAUCACACUAUCCCUGUCAUAGGUCAUCACACUAUCCCUGUCAUAGGUCAUCACAGUAUCCAUGUCAUAAGUCAUCACAGUAUCCAUGUCAUAGGUCAUCACAGUAUCCCUGUCAUAGGUCAUCACACUAUCCAUGUCAUAGGUCAUCACAGUAUCCAUGUCAUAGGUCAUCACAGUAUCCAUGUCAUAAGUCAUCACAGUAUCCAUGUCAUAGGUCAUCACAGUAUCCCUGUCAUAGGUCAUCACAGUAUCCAUGUCAUAGGUCAUCACAGUAUCCAUGUCAUAAGUCAUCACAGUAUCCAUGUCAUAGGUCAUCACAGUAUCCAUGUCAUAGGUCAUCACAGUAUCCAUGUCAUAGGUCAUCACAGUAUCCAUGUCAUAGGUCAUCACAGUAUCCAUGUCAUAGGUCAUCACAGUAUCCCUGUCAUAGGUCAUCACAGUAUCCAUGUCAUAGGUCAUCACACUAUCCCUGUCAUAGGUCAUCACAGUAUCCAUGUCAUAGGUCAUCACACUAUCCCUGUCAUAGGUCAUCACAGUAUCCCUGUCAUAGGUCAUCACAGUAUCCAUGUCAUAGGUCAUCACAGUAUCCAUGUCAUAGGUCAUCACACUAUCCCUGUCAUAGGUCAUCACAGUAUCCAUGUCAUAGGUCAUCACAGUAUCCAUGUCAUAGGUCAUCACAGUAUCCAUGUCAUAGGUCAUCACACUAUCCCUGUCAUAGGUCAUCAGAGUAUCCAUGUCAUAAGUCAUCACAGUAUCCCUGUCAUAGGUCAUCACAGUAUCCAUGUCAUAAGUCAUCACAGUAUCCAUGUCAUAAGUCAUCACAGUAUCCAUGUCAUAGGUCAUCACACUAUCCCUGUCAUAGGUCAUCACAGUAUCCCUGUCAUAGGUCAUCACAGUAUCCAUGUCAUAGGUCAUCACAGUAUCCAUGUCAUAGGUCAUCACACUAUCCCUGUCAUAGGUCAUCACAGUAUCCAUGUCAUAGGUCAUCACAGUAUCCAUGUCAUAGGUCAUCACAGUAUCCAUGUCAUAGGUCAUCACACUAUCCCUGUCAUAGGUCAUCACAGUAUCCAUGUCAUAGGUCAUCACAGUAUCCAUGUCAUAGGUCAUCACAGUAUCCAUGUCAUAGGUCAUCACACUAUCCCUGUCAUAGGUCAUCACAGUAUCCCAUCACAGCACAUAGACAUUUAA